CUAAUCUAAAAAGAUGCUUGUUUUCAAACUUUUUAAAUCGCUUCUUUCAGUGCAAAAAUUCAUAUAAACUAGGGCUCUUGGAAUCAUCAUCGUCAAGUCUUUUUGGCGAUAGUUUAACUGCAAAGAGUAAAUUCGUUAUUAACCCAAUUAGCCAGUAGUCGUCUAUAAGAGCAAAAUAAGAUAUGCCCAUUAGGACAAAUUAAUACGAUUUCUAGCGUUCACUUUUUGAAGUUUAGACACACGGUCCCCUUUCGACAUCCCCCGGGCUUUGUUAACGGCAAACAGAGGGUGGCAAUCGAAUAAGAAGACAACGAGGGAAGAGAGCACAGCGAUACUUUGAAGUUGAUAAGUUUAAUAAUGGACCAUUAGCCAGAUUGCCAGAUAAAAUUAGUCCUCUGGCUGAUUGUUUGAUACCGUCAAUUAGUUUGAUUCGACGUUUGCAUUUUAAAACGCUGAUCCAUGGGAUAAAAGCAAAGCGAUCAUGGAUUGAAUUUUUCGCCUCAUGGCUUUUACUGAUGCCGACUUUGGGAUUUGGAUUUUUCUUGAUCAAAGUACAAAUGCGUUUUUGCCUCGUCUCUAAUCCAGUUUUACUUUUUCAGUGCCGACAACGAUCUUUCGUUCCAUUUUGGAAACUCAGGUGGUGGUAACUCUGCGUAUAAAUCUGCUUUAUACCAAAUGCCGGGGUUGGGUUUGCACGGGCUUGCCGUCGAUUCCCUCCAUGCCCCAAUGGCAGGAUAUCCUGGAGGUAUGUAUGGAUACCCAUCAAACCAAAGAAAGCAAAGGCGAGAACGUACGACAUUUACGAGGGCGCAGUUGGAUGUGUUGGAAGCCUUGUUUUCAAAGACUAGAUACCCCGAUAUAUUCAUGAGAGAGGAGGUGGCCUUAAAAAUUAAUUUACCUGAAUCGAGAGUACAGGUAUGGUUCAAAAAUAGAAGAGCGAAAUGUCGACAACAGCAAAAGCAAGCUACACAGCAAAAUGCGACGUCAAGUAGCGAAAAACCAACUUCAAGAAUCAAAUCGAAACAAUCAAAUGUUGUAGCUAAAGCCGCGCCCACUACUCCUGUAUCUGUUAGCAGUACCAGCAACAAUACCAGUACGAGUUCCUCGGCUAGUUCACCUUCAGUACAUCCAGCCUCACAUCUCAGAGAUAGUCCGAACUGUGCAAAACCUCAGCAUUUAGGUCCGGGUGCAGGUAUCAGUUCUCCCGCUAUUGCUACAACUGCCUACAGCAAUACGGUAAAUUCCAGUAUAUGGUCACCGGCGGCUAUAGACGCUUUCUCCAUAGAUCAACCCAGAUGGGGAGCAUCGUCCCAAGGCAGUAUAAUGAGUACAAAUUCAGGAGCGGGUUAUAACAAUUAUUACUACUCGAACAUGGAUUACAUCAGCAGUAAUGGAGUCAACCACACCCAGUUUGGGGAAAAUGGCGUUGAACCAGGUUGGGGACGGAACAGAGAUGAUUCAGCUUGGUUGUAUAGCAGCACUUGGGAUCGAAAAUGAAACUGUAUCAAUGUUUCGUAUGUGUAGAACAAUUUUUAGUUCCUUGCUGAUAUAGUUUUAGUAUGUGAAAUAGAACCAAUUAUACCUAUUUUGACAACAUAGCCUUAUAACCACCAAUAUUUUUUCAAUUAUCACUUUUUAAACAAGCAGUUCAUAUCAGUAAUUAUCUACAGAAAACACAGAUGCAUAAAAACAAAUCAACUUGCGUUCUGUUCUGGAAAUUUACAGCGUCUAGUAAAAAUAGAGCAUCAAUUAGGUACAGAAAAUAUGUAAAUAUACAAUUGUAUAUUAACGAAUAGACCUACUGACCAAUAACAAUAAUUUUGACGAAUUUAAUGUGUGUGAAACUUUAUUAGAUUGUGCCAACAGCUCUGUGAAAGGUCAUCGAAAAUAUAUUUCGUAAUUUUCUAAACUUGUACAUAUCUCUUAGCAUGUAAUCUGUAAAUUUGUUCGGUGAUUGUUAGAGUAAUUUUAGUUAAAUAUGCAUAUUACGUUAUACAUAUCUGCUUACAUGUUUCACUGUUAAAUAUUCCCGUAAACAAUCGCGUGUAUCCAAAAUCAACGAUUUACAAAUCAUACAGUCAGUUCUUCAUUGCUAUAAAAAAAUAAUUGGCUUUUAAAGAAUUAAAGUAAGCCAUGUAAGUAGAUAUGAAAUCUUGGAAAGAAAACCGAAUCUAAGAUAAUAAUAGAGUUGUAAAUAUUAAGCGAACGUAGAUGAUCUCAAAAAUUUGUAAGGCCUAAGCAGGUAUUUUUUAGUAUGUUUUUGUUUGUUUACACUUAAACAAGUGGGAAAAACUAUUGUGCAAUCAGAAAUAUACUCUUUGAAAUUCAA